ACACCCUAAUGAGGAGGAAGAUGUGCUGUACUUCAUACACCUGCAUAAAAGCUUAUCAGUCCUGGGUUCUUGGAAAUGUUUGAAAUCAUUCUGAACCUGGUGGUGCUGAUCUGUGCUGCAGCAACCCAGAGUGCCUCUGCUGGCUUCGAUAGCAUUGGAGGCUUCGGGAGUACUUACUAUUACAACAUGGGCUAUGCAAACAGCGGAUUUCUAAACCAUGAAGUGCAGCAGAUCGCCGAGCUGGAUAUACAGUACAACAGGAUGAAGUCGGCCACUGUGUACUGUGCAGUGGGGCUAAGUGUCAUUCUGUUUGCUUUUGCCAUGGCCUUUCUUGUUGCCAGAUGCAUAAUGCAACACAAAAGAUCCUCUGUGCAGGACAGCACAUUCUCAAACUUCCUGAUCAUGGAGUGUGUGGUGAAGGCUCUUGCAGCUGUCGUCUACGUUAUAGGAGUGGCAUUGUACCUUCACUUCAUUCAUAAAAUUAAUGCCACUGACACGUGCAAGCAGAGGGAAUCACUCUACAAUAGACAUGGCUACAGCUCGGUGAAAUGUGCCAUACUGGGCACUGAAGUUGCUGUUUCCAUCUUUGCCGUCAUGCUGAUCAUUGUGUACAUUGCUGAAGUGGUACUCGGAGUUCUGGCUUACCGAAAGGUGCAAGCAGCACGACCAGAAUACACCAAACCUCUGGGCACCUCUAUCAUGCAUCAUGCUACAUUGCCUGAGGUGACACCAACUGAAGCCCACUUAUCGUAUAUAUAAACUUGAGC